AUGGCUGAUAGGUCCAAGUUAAUUGAGUACAUUGAUGACGCAUUAGAAAAAUCGAAAGAGACUACGCUUUCCCAGUUAUUUCUCACCUACCAGGGGAUCCCCUAUCCAGUUACCAUGUGCACUCAGGAAACCUUUCGAGCUUUGGAUGCCUUUGAAGCCAGAAGUGAUGACAUCCUGCUAGCGUCCUACCCGAAAUGUGGCUCAAACUGGAUUCUCCAUAUUGUCAGUGAAUUAAUAUUUGCUGUUUCUAAAAAGAAAUACAUAUGUCCAGAAUUUCCAGUUCUUGAAUGUGGUGAUGCAGAAAAAUAUCAGAGAAUGAAACUGUUUCCAUCACCAAGGAUUUUGACAACUCACCUCCACUAUGACAAGCUACCUCAGUCUAUUUUCAAGAACAAAGCCAAGAUUUUGGUGAUAUUUCGAAACCCUAAGGAUACAGCGGUGUCCUUUUUUCAUUUCCAUAACGAUGUCCCCGACAUCCCAAGCUAUGCCUCUUGGGAUGACUUCUUCAGACAAUUCAUAAAGGGACAAGUUUCUUGGGGAAGUUAUUUUGAUUUUGCAAUUAAUUGGAACAAACAUAUUGACAAUGAAAAUGUUAAGUUCAUAUUAUAUGAAGACCUGAAAGAGAAUUUGGUUGUUGGAAUAAAACAGGUCUCUGAAUUCCUUGGUUUCUCUUUAACGGAUGAACAAAUAGAAACCAUCUCAGCCCAGAGCACCUUCCAGGCCAUGCGAGCAAACUCUCAUGAGACACAUGGUGCCAUUGGGCCCUUCCUCUUCCGCAAAGGUGAAGUUGGUGAUUGGAAAAGUUUGUUCAACCAAACACAGAACCAGGAAAUGGAUGAAAGAUUCAAAGAGUGUUUGGCAGGCACUUCCCUCGGAGACAAGCUGAAGUAUGAAUCAUAUUGCCUGGCUUGAUACUGGCCAAGCUGGCUGGCCUACAUAUCUUCUUUUCCCUAAUAAUAACUGAAUUUAUAUAAUUAGUAAUGCAGUUAAACAGUCGCAUGACAAUAAUCAUGUAACAUAAUUAUGAAUAGUGCAGAUCUAGGAAUGGUGGUAACAGCUGACAUUUUUGAGCUGAAAUUAAAGUUUGUCUUUCUUUUGAAGAA